GUUUCCCCACAAAUCUCCCAAAUCCAUUUUUCUCCUAUCUGUCCUGAAACAUGGAGGCGGCCUUCUGAUUGGCUCUGUUCGAAGUAACCUCACAGCCGAUUGGCUUAUCUUCCACUUCAUUUAUCCAAUGAGAGCAAAGCUUCUGGUUACCAGGAAACGGUGAAAAGCGCAGACACUGGGAAUAUAGCUUUAAAACUUGAGCGCUCAUAUAUUAUUUUACACAAAGCACGCGCGUGCGUGUGCCACGCUGACCUAGAACCAACCGGAAGGAGGACGGGGCUGAGCCGGAAUCCCGGGCGGCGGAGUUCCGAGCUGCCGCCGGCCCGGAACCGGCGCCGCGGUCGCCUCUACAUGAUCAUCACAUCUCUGUUGUCGUCCGUAGACAGACAGAGAGCAUCAGCAUGGCUUCCCCCGUCCUCCAGGUGGGCCCUGGAGUCCUGAUCCUCGCCCUCGUUUGGGUCGCGGCUCUUGCGUUCGGCAUCCUGCUGCUGAGAGCGUCCGGAUCUGCCAAGUUAGGAGUCAUCCCUGUCUUCCUCCUGGCUCUCUCCAUCACCUUAGCUCUGGUCGUUUUCCCUCGAAGCCCAGAGACUCCUCCCCCUUUCAAAGAGAAGGAGAUAACAGACACGUUGUUCAUUGGCCGCUAUGUUCUCCUGGCUGUGGUGAGCGCCGUUUUCUUGGUGACAGUCUUUAUGCUGCUUCCCUUUCAUUUCCUGGAGUCGGUGCAUGCCAAGGUCUCAAGAAGACGGUGAGCCGCCAGCAUCAGAGGGGGCUCCAAGACCACGCCCCCCGCCUGCAUGAACACAAGACAAGCCAGGCGGCCGGUUAGCUGAACCUUUCCUGGGGGAGCCCUCAGAUGGAUCUGGGUAGACUUUGUUUGUUGUUGACAGUCAUAGAACAAACAAACUGUUGUUGUUUUUUUCUGAGGUGUAAUUUUCUGUCAAUUAAAACAAACACAAACAGACAAAAUGUUUAAUGCUGUGAAUCUAUAGUCAUUUUUGGUUGACCGAUGAUAAACACGAUUGACAGUUUUUCUAAAAACUCCACAUGUGUGUGAAGGUCAGUUAAAGUUGUUUUUGUUCUCUUUCUCCUGGUUCGUGACACACAUUUAACUCUGGAUCCUCUGAAAGUCCAUCCUUAAAAAGAACCUUCUAGACUCAUCAGUGGGGAAGAUCUGAGCUCACUGUUGAAGGGUCUUCAACUCCAACAUCCAGAAGAGUGUUAACCAUGUACUGAGGGGGCUUCAGACAUUUUUUCCAAGCCUUUCACCUCCAUUCUGAAUGCUUACUAUGUGACUGGAAGUUACUAUGUCAGUUUGUUUUAACUAUCUGUCUGUGGGUCUUCAGAGUGUGUUUUUCUAUAGUCUGCCUUAUUGAGAGGGGUUUCUUGUUUGCCUGUGAAAAGCAGUUUUGUUCCCACACCUGUGGCAGUUUUUUGGUAUAUUAAACGUUGCACCUACCUUCUA